CGCAACCAUACGUGGUUAUUUACGUGUGAUUUAAUUGAAUUCAACUAAAUUUCUCAACAUGUCCGGACGUGGCAAAGGUGGAAAAGUCAAGGGAAAGUCAAAGUCUCGUUCGAGCCGAGCCGGUCUUCAGUUUCCUGUUGGUCGUAUUCAUCGUCUUCUUCGGAAAGGAAAUUAUGCCGAACGUGUAGGAGCUGGUGCUCCCGUAUACCUAGCUGCGGUUAUGGAAUAUUUGGCUGCUGAAGUUUUGGAGUUGGCUGGUAACGCUGCUCGUGACAACAAGAAAACAAGGAUCAUCCCUCGUCAUUUACAACUUGCCAUCCGCAACGACGAAGAGUUGAACAAACUUCUUUCGGGGGUUACAAUUGCUCAGGGUGGAGUUCUACCCAACAUUCAGGCAGUCCUUCUUCCCAAGAAAACCGAGAAGAAGGCCUAAAAGAACGCCUACUUCGAAAAUCAUCACCAUCGGCCCUUUUCAGGGCCACCAAAUUUUCUUGCUUAAAACGAACUUAAUGCUGCUAUCAAUUAAUUUUUACAUUGAAAGAAAAUCUUGCUAUUUUACUCAUUGUCUGAGACCGAAGACUUGUCCUAGUUAGCUUCAAAAGUCCGUUACCGCUGGCGAUACUUCCAUGCCCAAUGUUCGCUUUGAAUAGGUAGAAAGCGAAAAUGGAAAACUAAAUUGUCUAGAAAAUUCCGUAAGCCCGAGAAACCAAGGCGCGU